GAGGAGCAUCAGCUGUGGUGCGUCGGAGAGUGAAACUUCCCUCACUCCUCCUCCCCUGCUUUCUUUCUCCCAAAUUCCCUCCGACACCUUUUUUAUGUAAUUCCUCCCAGGAGCAGCCGCAGCCACCGGUGCCUCCAUCAACAGGCGGGUACUGGCUGGGGUUUGUUUAAAUUUUGUCCUCUCUGUGGUCGAACCGGACGCUCUCCGAAACGGUUUCCUGCCCGGUUCGUACAGGACAUCGGGUGCAACUGGAGUGCCUCCACCAAGUUUCCCCCCCUUUCUGCCUGAGGAAUGAGAGGACUGCCGAAGAGGAAGAGCAGAAACUCGCACGUUUGAAUGAACAAAAGCGCAGAAAGCGAGGGAAUUGCCGCCAAAAUGGAGGAAAAUACUCUACCAGGAGACACAUCUCCCUGUUCAGACCUGAACACAAACCCCACCAGACCUGACCCGGAGGGGGAGAGCAGCCCCCCGAAGAUGGACAGCACAGAGAGAAUGGAGCCUCCAGCUAAGAAAGAUACAGACCGGAGAUUGGCUACUCCCACAAAAUCUGACAUCAUCUCUCGAUCACCUGGGUCACCCGCAUCACCUGUCCGCAGGUCGAAAGGUGGAAAAGAUAUCAUGAAGUCAGAGGAAAGACAGAAGCUCGCCAAGGAGCGCAGAGAGGAGAAGGCCAGAUAUCUCGAAGAGCUCAGCAUGUUACAAGCUGCUAAAAAGACCCAGUGGCUGGAGAAGGAGGAGAAGGCACGGCAGCUGAGGGAGCAGCAGCUGGAGGAGCGCCGCAGGAAGCUCGAGGAACAGCGGAUCAAGGCGGAAAAACGGCGAGCUGCCCUGGAGGAGAGACAGAAACAGAAACUGGAGAAGAAUAAAGAGCGUUAUGAGGCAGCUAUUCACAGGUCAACCAAGAAGACGUGGGCAGAAAUCCGCCAGCAGAGAUGGUCCUGGGCCGGCGCAUUAAGCCAGAACUCCAGUCAGAAAGAAGGCAGAUGCUCUGUGUCAACGGUCAACCUGCCCAAACACGUGGACUCUGUUAUAAACAAGCGACUGUCCAAGUCCUCCGCUACGCUCUGGAACUCCCCCAGCAGAACACGUAGCCUUGCUCUGAGUCCAUGGGAGAGCAGCAUAGUCGACCGGCUGAUGACGCCAACGUUGUCCUUCCUCGCUAGGAGCCGAAGUGCUGCCAGCGUCCUCACCAAUGGCAAAGAUGGUCACUCUCCUCUCUGUCCCCGUUCGGCCUCAGCCAGUCCCCUCACCUUGUGUGCCCACCAGCCCCACCACCGCUGUUCCGACCGCUGGAGAGUGACAUCCAGCACACCCGACAUUACCCAGCGCCAACACAGACGGAGCUCCACACCUAUGGAUAAAAACAAGAAAGAAAAGAAGGACAAGGAGCGGGAGAAUGAGAAGGAGAAAAGUGCCCUCACCAAAGUGAAGGUGCUUAAGAAGAGACAGUCUCUACCGAGCAUGAGACACAGACCCGAACCAAGUCCCAGUCCUUUAUCGAGACAACGGCCAUCAUCGCCAGCUACGCCAAAGGGCAGAACUGCCUCUCCGAGCCCUGCUGCCUCCCCCAAGCCUCCAUCAACACGUGGAAGCCCAUCGACUCCUAAGGGUCGGCCCAAAAGAGCCAGGACCCCUGCCAGGAUAGACCAUCGCACCUCCUCCCCCAUCCCCCUCGAAAGAGUGAAGGAGCCUCGCAGGCCCGCAACUCCCGAACAGAGAAAGAGUUCCCCUGUGGUUCCUGCCCUCGUAGUAGCCUCAGCCUCCGCCUCACCGGAUGCAUCAAACACGCCAAUUAGAACCACUACUGCCUCCCCCUCACCUGAGCCAGUCCACUCAGCUCCUUCUGUCCCUGCAGCAUCACCUGCACCCUCUCCAUCAGCCAAGCCGAUGGCAGGCACCAAUGACCCCGAAGAGGCCGCUCGCAUCCUGGCAGAGAAACGCAGACAAGCCAGAGAGCAGAGAGAGAGGGAGGAGCAGGAGCGACGUGAACAGGAGGAGAAGGAGAGGAUCCUGAGAGAGGAGCGAAAAGCGAGGGAGGCAGAGGAGAGCCGUCUACGGGAGGAGGAGGCCCGUGCCAUGGCAGAAGAGCAGCGGAAGAGGGACGAAGCACAGCGCCUGCAGGAGGAAAAGGAGGCUGAGGAGAGAGCCAAAGCAGAGCAGGAGGAGAACAUACGCAUGCAAAAACAGAAAGAAGAGGCUGAGGCUAAAGCCCGGGAGGAGGCGGAGAAGCAGCGUCUGGAGAGGGAGAAACACUUCCAGAAGGAGGAGCAGGAGAGGCUGGAGAGGAAAAGGCGUCUGGAUGAGAUCAUGAAGAGGACACGCAAGACAGAUGGUGGCGACAAGAAAGAGAUAAAGUCUUCCCCUACCAUAAACAGCAAUGACAAAGAGGCAGAAAGCAGCAAAGCAUCUGCUGAAUAUCAGCCAAAGACAGAGGUGCCCAAUAUCAAGACAGAAAAUGGACAGACCAUCGUCAAAGAAAGCCCUUCAGUCCAAGUAGUCAAUGGGGUCCAGCCUACGAGACAUGAGAACGGCCUGUCUACUAAAGGAGACACUGCCCACUUUGGAGAUAUCAUUCAUCUCGUGAAUCAUGGAAACACUACUAAUGGAGCACGGGAUAAGUCUGAGACCAGCAUGGCCACCGAGCCAAUACUUACGUUUGACAGCGAGGAGCCAUUCAUGAAAAAGGCAGGCCCAAUGAAGCCUCAGCAUGUUGCAGAGGUCCUGUGACACGUCCCAGUGUUGAAGUGCUCGUCGCCUAAGGCCACUGACCUUUCCCAGCCCUGCCAACACUCGCAUGGGGAACCCUGUGACCUGUGCCAACCUCUCUCUAAGCGCCUCAAAGCAAACAUACUUCUCUCAGAAGAUGAAUUGGGCCACAGGAGAUGACGACCAAUCAUCAGGACACAAAAACAGGAUGAAAGGUGUUGCUGCAUACCACACAAGGUGCAUCAGAGUUAACAUUCGUAAAAGAUCUUUGUGGCACCGAUUUCAUGCACCUUAAUUCUCGACAGUAUCAUCCUUUGUACAUUACAAUACAGCUGAGUAAUUAUUACAAUAAGCUGAAAUGUUUGUUUUCUCUGUUCUUUAGUUAUUUAACUGAAAGAGAAAUAUAAAAGACUGGGUACAUUUUUGUGAAUAAUGUAAAUUAACUGCGUGUGACGGACAAAGGAGGGACGGGUCUGUGAAUUUAAGUCGCAUGAAAGGGAGUCAUUUUAUGCUACUCUGCUGUGAGUAGACCCUCUAGGUUAAACACAGGUAUUAUACAUCCUGGUCUGUAAAAAGCCACCUGUAACAGUUUUUGUAAAGUUAAAUUGAGAAAUCUGGAAAGAGAUUUGAAAUGUAAGUUCACAAGCAACAGCUUCUUACUGUGCGUAAACAUAUCGUCCAUUCAAACCUCAGCUAUGAUUGAAUGUACGCAGAACUGGAUGUAAAAAUAAGAGUGCAACCUUCACAAUUACGCAACCAGAAGUAAUUUAAGGUCAAAUCCAUGUAUGAGGGAUUUACUCCAUAAUUAAACAGUAAAAGCUGUUUUUUUCUCUCAUGUGCAAGCAUGGCUAAAUUUUCUCUCCUUUGCAUUGAGAUUCCAUGGACUCAUAUGUAUUUGAAAUGCUGGUGCGUGUAUAUGCUCUAAUUAUUUUGAUGUGCGUUACAAGGUCAUUGGGAGCAUCUUAAGUCUUAUUAAAGACAAGUUGUCCAGUC